AUGGCGGAGGAAGGAGCCGUCGCCGUGUGCGUGCGGGUGCGGCCGCUCAACAGCAGAGAGGAAGCUCUUGGAGAAGCUGCCCAGGUUUAUUGGAAAACUGGCAAUAAUGCUAUUUAUCAAGUGGAUGGGAGUAAAUCCUUCAGUUUUGAUCGUGUCUUUGAUAGUAAUGAAACCACUAAAGAUGUUUAUGAAGAAAUAGCAGUGCCCAUCAUAGAUUCUGCCAUACAAGGCUACAAUGGUACUAUAUUUGCCUAUGGGCAGACUGCUUCAGGAAAAACAUAUACUAUGAUGGGUUCAGGAGAUUAUUUGGGAGUAAUACCCAGGGCAAUUCAUGACAUUUUCCAAAAAAUUGAGAAGUUUCCUGAUAGGGAAUUUCUCUUACGUGUGUCUUACAUGGAGAUAUACAAUGAAACCAUUACAGAUUUACUUUGUGACACUCGAAAAAUGAAGCCUUUAAUAAUUCGGGAAGACUUCAAUAGGAAUGUGUAUGUGUCUGACCUCACAGAAGAAGUUAUUUAUACAUCAGAAAUGGCUUUGAAGUGGAUCAGAAAGGGAGAAAAGAACAGACAUUAUGGAAUUACAAAAAUGAAUCAAAGAAGCAGUCGUUCUCAUACCAUUUUUAGGAUGAUUUUGGAAAGUAGAGAGAAAGGUGAACCUUCUUGUGAAGGAUCUGUCAAGGUGUCCCAUUUGAAUUUGGUUGAUCUUGCAGGCAGUGAAAGAGCUGCUCAAACAGGUGCUGAAGGUGUGCGACUCAAGGAAGGCUGUAAUAUAAAUCGAAGUUUAUUUAUUUUGGGACAAGUGAUCAAGAAACUUAGUGAUGGACAAGUUGGUGGUUUCAUAAAUUAUCGAGAUAGCAAAUUAACACGAAUUCUACAGAAUUCCUUGGGAGGAAAUGCCAAAACGCGUAUUAUCUGCACAAUUACUCCAGUGUCUUUUGAUGAAACUCUUAGUACUCUCCAGUUUGCCAGUACUGCCAAAUAUAUGAAGAAUACUCCUUAUGUUAAUGAGGUAUCGAGUGAGGAAGCUCUCCUGAAAAGAUACAGAGAAGAAAUAAUGGAUCUUAAAAGACAAUUAGAGGAGGUUUCUUUAGACACUCGGGCCCGGGCAAUGAAAACAGACCAAUUGACCCAACUUUUGGAAGAAAAAGAAUUGCUUCAAAAAGUGAAGGAUGAGAAAAUUCAAAACUUAACGCGGAUGCUUGUGACCUCUUCUUCCCUCACAUCACAACAGGAAUUAAAGGCUAAAAUUAAGCGAAGAGUCACUUGGUGUCCUGGCAAAAUUAACAAAAUGAAGGACUCAAACUAUGUAAAUGAAUUUAAUAUGCCAACAAAUAGAACAAAAAGACAUAAGACUGCUGCAGCUUCAGUAGGAGAAAUUGAUGAAUCUGUCUAUUCAGAGGCUGAUGUUUUCAGUAACACCUUUGAUACAGUAACUGACAUAGAGUGGAAUCCAGCAACAAAGCUACUAAAUCAGGAAAAUUUAGAAAGCGAGUUGAAUUCACUUCGUGCUGAUUAUGAUAAUCUGGUAUUAGACAAUGAAAAACUAAGAAAAGAAAAGGAAGAAAUGGAAUUGAAAUUAAAAGAAAAGAAUGACUUGGACGAAUUUGAGGCCCUAGAAAGAAAAGCAGAAAAAGAUCAAGAGAUGCAACUAAUUCAUGAAAUUACGAACUUAAAGAAUUUAGUUAAGCAUGCAGAAGUGUAUAAUCAAGAUCUUGAGAAUGAACUAAGUUCAAAAGUAGAGCUGCUUAGACAAAAGGAAGACCAGAUUAAGAAGCUGCAGAAACAUGCAGACUCUCAGAAUUCAGAAAGUGUGAAAAUGGACUUGUCAUACUCAUCGGAAGACACUGAAGACCUAAAACAAAAAAAACAAACUCAGCUUGAUGCUGAAAUUAUAGCCCUUGAUGCCAAGAGAGAAUCAGCCUUUCUUAGGAGUGAAAAUCUAGAGCUGAAAGAGAAAUUGAAUGAACUUGAAAGUAUAUGCAAGCAAAUGGAAAAUGAUAAUCAAUUAUAUCAAAGCCGGUUGGCGGCACAAAAGAAAGUACAAGUUGAUCUGGAGAAAGAAUUACAAUAUUCUUUUAAUGAAAUAACACAACUCACCUCCCUUAUAGACGGCAAAGUUCCAAAAGAUUUGCUCUGUAAUUUGGAAUUGGAACGAAAGAUCACAGAUCUCCAGAAAGAACUGAAGAAAGAAGUUGAAGUAAAUAAAACUUUGCAUGAAAAAGUUAAUUUGCUCUCAGAAUUGAAAUCUUUACCUUCAGAAGUAGAAAUGCUAAGGAAAGAGAUAAAUGAUAAAUCUGAAGAGCUAUAUCUAAUAACAUCAGAAAAAGACAAAUUGUCUUCUGAAGUAGUUCAUAAGGAGAGUAGAAUUCAAGAUUUACUUGAAGAAAUUGAAAAAACUAAAGAUGACCUAGCAACUACCCAGAUGAAUUAUAAAAACAUGGAUCAAGAAUUCCAAGAUUUUAAAAAUUGUCAUAUUGAAUUGGAGCAAAACUAUAAUAAGCUCCUUGAAGAGAAUGCAAGAGUAAAUCAGGAAAUAGAAAAUCUCUCUGAAGAAUCUCAAAAACUCAGCUUAAGUUUGAAUGCUUUAAAGACAGAGCUUUCUCACAAAACCCAAGAACUUCAGCAGAGUCAAGAAAGGUUAAAUGAAGCGGAAGAGCUGAAGGAACAAUUAGAAAGUAGAGAUUUUAGGCUGCAAACAAUAGAAAGGGAGAAAAUACUGACUACUGAGAAGCUUCACCAAACCUUAGAAGAAGUAAGAACCUUAACCCAAGAAAAGGAAGACUUAAGACAACUCCAGGAGAGCCUGCAAAUUGAGAGAGACCAACUCAGAAGUGACAUUGAGGAUACUGUAAACAUGAAUAUAGAUACCCAAGAACAGUUACGAAAUGCUCUUGAGUCCUUGAAACAACACCAAGAAACUAUUAACAUGCUAAAAAUGAAAGUUUCUGAGGAAAGCUCCAAGAAUUUGAAUAUAGAGGAAAACAUAAGAGAAACUGAGGAUGAAUUUCAGGAAGAGAUCGAAGAGGCUCAAGAUAUACAAGAGCAGUCCUUUGAUCUACAGGAAAAAGACAGUGAGACUAAGAAAAUAAUCAGUGAGAUGGAACAACUGAAGGAGGAACUCAAAUAUAAAGAGUCGGCACUGUUGAGAUUAGAAAUGGAAAAGCUCAGGUUGUCUGAGAGGCUUCAAGAAAGUCAUGAGGAGGUGAAAUCUACAGCAAAGGAGAGAGAUGACCUACAGAGGCUGCAGGAGGUUCUUCAGUCUGAAAGUGACCAACUCAAAGAAAACAUGAGAGAAAUCUUGGCUAAACACCAAGAAACCAAAGAGGAACUUGAAGUUGCUCAUUGUCGCCUGGAAGAACAGGAGGAAACUAUUGAUAAGCUAAGAAUGAAUCUUUCAGAGAGAGAAACUGAACUAUCAAGCUUUCAAAAGGAAUUAGAAACAACCAAUGAUGAAUUACAGAAAAAGAUGCAAGAGCUCCAUGAAAAACAGGAACAAUUUAUUUGUGUCAAAGAAAUUAGUGAGACUCAAGAAAAACUGAGUGAACUGGAACAAUUAAAGGAACAACUCAAAGCCAAAGGUUUGUUAUUAGAAAGCAUAGAAAGCGAGAAGCUUGAGUUAACUGAGAGACUUCAGAAGAGUGAAGAAGAAAUAAAAAUUAUAAUUAAAGAAAGAGAUGAACUGAAGAGGGUGCAAGAGACCCUUCAAAUGGAGAGAGACCAACUCAAAGAAAACAUUAAAGAAAUUGUAGCUGAAGGACAGAAAGUCAAAGAGGAACUUAAAACUGCUUACAGUCUUCUGAAGGAGCACCAAGAAACUAUUAGUACAAGGACUAUUUCGGAGAAGAUAGAUCAAGGAGCAAAUGUUCAGAGAGAUUUAGAAAAUUCAGAUGCUGAGUUAUGGGGAAAGAUUCAAGAAUUUCAGGAAAAAGAACAUCAGCUUCUUAAGAUGAAAGCUGUAGAUGAGACUCAGGAGAAAAUGUGUGAAAUGGAAUACUUGAAGAAACAACUUGAAACCCAAAAGUCAACUCUGGAAAACCUAGAAAUGAGGAACAUAAGGUUAACUGAGAGACUCCAUGACAGCCUUGAAGAAAUGAGAUCUGUUUCAAAAGAAAGAGAUGACCUUAGGAGUGUGGAAGAGACUCUCAAAGUAGAGAGAGAUCAGCUCAAGGAAAACUUAAGAGAAACUGUAAUUAGAGACCUGGAAAAACAAGAGGAACUAAGAAUUGCUCACAUACAUCUGAAGGAGCAUCAGGGAAUUAUUGAUGAACUCAAAAAGAUUGUUUCUGAGAAGACAGAUGAAAUAUCAAAUAUGCAAAUGGAUUUAGAAAACAAAAAUAGUGCCUUAAAAGCACAGAUCCAAGAAGUUCAGGAGAAAGAACAUCAACUUCUUACGGUAAAAAAUGAUCUCAGGGAAAAUAUGUAUCAAACAGAGCAGCUGAAGAAGCAGUUGGAGGCCCAGAAUUCAAUCUUGGAAAGUAUAGAAACAGAGAAGUUAAGGUUGACUCAGAAACUUCAUGAAAACCUUGAAGAAAUAAAAUGUGUUACCAAGGAAAGAGAUAGCCUAAGAAGAAUGGAGGGAACCCUGAAAAUGGAGAGAGACCAGCUCAGAGAAAGCCUCAUAGAAACUGAAGCUAAAAUCCAAGAACUUAAGGCAAAUGAACACCAACUCUUGAAGUUAAAAGAAGAUGUCACUGAGACACAGAAGAAAAUGUCUGAAAUGGAGCGAUUAAAGAAACAACUCAAAGCCCAGAGUCUAACUCUGGAUAAAAUAGAAAUGGAGAACUUAAAUUUGGCUCAGAAACUUCAUGAAAACCUUGAAGAAAUGAAAUCAGUACUGGAAGAAAGAGAUAAUCUAAGGAGAGUAGAAGAGACUCUCAAACUGGAAAGAGACCAACUCAAGGCAAACCUACAAGAAACCACAGCUAGAAAUCUGGAAACACAACAGGAACUAAAAAUUGCUCGUAUGCAUUUGAAAGAGCACCAAGAAAUGAUUGAUAAAUUCAGAGAAAGAGUUUCAGAGAAAACAACUCAGAUUUCAAAUAUUCAAAAGGAUUUAAGCAAAUCAAAAGAUGAUUUACAGAAAAAGAUCCAAGAACUUCAAAAAAAAGAGCUUCACCUUCUUAAAAUGAAAGAAGAUAUCAAUAAAACUCAUAAAAAAAUGAAUGAAAUGGAACAUUUGCAGAAGCAAUUUGAGACUCGAAAUUUAUCUAUGCAAAGUAUAGAAAUGGAUAACUUACACUUGACUAAGAAACUUCAUGAAAGCUUUGAAGAAAUAAGAAUUGUAGCUAAGGAAAGAGAUGAGCUAAGGAGGAUAAAGGAGUCUCUCAAAAUGGAAAGAGACCAAUUCAGAGAAACCUUAAGAAAAUUGAUAGCUAGAGACCAACAGACCCACAAAGAGGUAGUAAAAUAUGAAAAAGAGUUACUGUGUGAUGAAAAAGAACACCUUACAGCAAGCCUGAGAGAAAAGUGCUUUAGGAUAAAAGAGCUUCUGAAGAGAUACUCAGAGAUGGAUAAUCAUUAUGAAUUCUUAAAUAGAUUGUCUCAUGACUUGGAGAAGGAGACUGAAAGCCAAAAAGAGAUUUCAAUUAAAAUAAAAGCAAACCUUUCACUUCCAUUUCCACAAACCAGAGAGAUUCAAAAACUUCUCACUGUAAACCAAAGGUGUUCCAUGGAAUUCUACAGAGUCAUGAAGAAUCUUAAGUAUGCGGUAAGCAAUGUUAUAAUGAUAAAGAAAGAACAGCACGAAUCCAUCAAUAAAUUUGAAAUGAUUUUUACUGAUGAAGUGGAAAAGCAAAAUGAGCUGCUAAGUCAAUUUUCACACCUUCCACAAGAUUAUGAUGCACCAUCCAGAGAAUUAAGGAACCUCAAAUUGAGCCAGAAGGUGGAUCUACAUAUUGAGGAAAUUCUCAGAGAUUUUUCAGAAAGUGACUUCCACAGCAUAAAGACAGAAUUUCAACAAGUACUGAGUAAAAGGAAAGAAAUAACCCACUUUUUGGAAGAGUGGUUGAAUACUCAUUUUGAUAUAGAAAAGCUUAAAAGUGGCAUCCAGAAAGAAAACGACAGGAUUUUUCAAGUGAAUAAGUUCUAUAAUAACAGAAUAAUUGCUAUAGUGAAUGAAUCGACAGAGUUUGAGAAAAGAUAUGCUACUUUAGCCGAAGAAUGGGAAUGUGACCUAAAAUCAAUGAAAGAGGAGAAUGAAAAACUGUUUAAAAACUACCAAACUUUGAAGGUCUCUCAGACACAUGGUGCCCUUGCUAAUCCUCCUACACAAGAUGAUGAGAAACUUCACAUUACAUCCAAUAAUGUGAGAGCCACGCAACCAAUCACAGAGAAAAUUCAAGAGCUGGAAACUUCACUACGUGAAGCUAAAGAAAGUGCUAUUCAUAAGGAAGGCAAGAUUAUAAAGAUGCAGAAAGAACUUGAGAUGACUUAUGGUGAAAUAGCAAAACUUCAAGCGCAAGUUAAUGAAUCAACUAAAUGCCUAGAAAAAACAAAAGAAAUGAUCCAAGUACUUCAGGACAAAGUUGCUGUGGGAGCUAAACCCUAUAAGGAAGAAAUUGAAGAUCUCAAAGUGAAGCUGGUAGAAGUGGAUCUAGAGAAGAUUAAAAUUGCCAAGGAGUUUGAAAAGGAAAUUGCUUCUACAAAAGCCACUGUAGAAUAUCAAAAAGAAGCUAUAAGGGUAUUGAGAGAAAAUCUUAGAAGAAAUCAACAGGCCCAAGAUACCUCAAUGGUAUUAGAAGAUAAUGAUUCUAAACCUUCAAAUAAACCCCUCACCUGUGGGGGUGGCAGUGGCAUUGUGCAGAGUACAAAAGCUCUUAUUUUGAAAAGUGAAAAUGUACGACUAAAAAAGGAAAUUUCUAAGUUGAAGCAGCAAAAUGAACAGCUAAUAAAGCAAAAGAAUGAACCGUUAAGCAAUAAUCACCAUCUUUCCAAUGAAGUUCUCAAAGAAGUAACUUGUGAGAAUUCUCCAAGGACUCCUAAAAUGACUAGAACAGCUUCUGAAAAGAGACAACGUACACCCUCUCAGUGCAAGGAACAUAAUUUACAAGAUCCUUUGGUGCCAAAGGAAUCACCAAAAUCGUGGUUUUUUGACAGCCGAUCGAAGUCUUUUCCAGUACCACAUCCAGUUCGCUAUUUUGAUAACUCUGGUUUAGGCCUUUGUCCAGAAGAGCCAACUGCUGGAGCAGAAAAUGUGGAUCCUCGGUCAGCUGCUUGUCAGGCCUUCUCGGAAAAAGACCUGCCCGAGUGCAAGAUGCAGUAGCCUCUUCUGUCACUUUUCUGGGGCCCAGCAUUCCUCAGCUGUUAGUUUAUGUGUCUAACCCUGGCAAUUAUGUCACAGUCCAACUUAAUUUCAAUUCAAUUUUUAGUUUGCCAUUGGAAUUGGAAGGUGAAAGGACAGGAGAUUAAUGCAUUCUAGUAAUUUAGGAUGGUGAUAGCAAUGUCAUUGUCUUGAAUGGUGUCAUACUCAGAAGUGGAAUUGUCUUAUUUAUUUAUAUAUUUUUUAAAGAAUAAAGUUAUUGAAGGAAACUUCUAAUCUUAAUUGUACCCAUUUUUAUUGCUGUAAAGUUAUUCACUUGUGAUUUAACAAAAUUAUAAGCUCCUCAUUUAGUACCUUAAACAUUCAAUUAAUACUUGAUUAGUACUGAAUCGCAACUAUAAUAUUAAUUAAUGGUUUCUCAGUGGGGUACUCAGAGUACGUUUGAUUCUCCUGUCUUGUUUGUUGGCAUUAGAAUUUUGCUGUGAAAAUACACACAUGAUCUCUAGAUUUAAGUUAUGGGAUAGCAAGUGCUAUGACCUUUUUAUUUUCUAGUCUUAAUCUUCUUUUACUGUAGUAACUGCAGAAGUUCUUUUCCGUUACCCACCCACCCCACUUCCUGUACAACACUCUAAAUUUGUUGGUUAUUAAACUUUGUACUCUGCUGCA